ACGAUUUCGCAUUAUCGGCCUCUUCUUCACGCCUUUGCACGGCUCCGCUAAGCGGGUUGACAAGGAGAAGGACGGGCUCGGACGGGAGAGAGGUGGCCCAGAGAUUUGCAUUGGGAUUUUGCUGCCGUUCCAACCGCCCAGAAAGAUGGAUUCUUUUCUACCAAUGCUUUACAACAACCAAUAUCAGGAAUGUGAUGUUACGCUUUUUCUCGUUUGUUUUAUUCACCGAUCGCAUGUGGGACAGUAGCUAGCCGAACACCUUCUAAAUAGCCAUCUUCUGUAGACAAAAGACGGCUACGAAGAAUUAACCAAGAAUAAACGAGGUCCUGGGCUCCAUUCUAUGGAGAACGUUGGCAAGAUGUGGGGUAACCUCAGGAAUAGAUGCCAAGCCCUCUUCCACAACGAUGGCUCAGAUUCAAAUCUGUGUAACCAGGAUAUAGAUUAUGUCCAGGAUAUAGACCAUUUCCAGUGUGUGGUGGACUUGGGCAGAGGAGCACAUGCAGGUGAACCCUAUGAAACUAGGUCUUCAAUCCCUUCACGGACCUUGUCACCACUCCCAGUGGUGACUGGAGGACGCAGAGGACAUAACUGUGUGGCAGAUAUUCCUGAAAUAGUAGAAAUCACCGUUGACAAAGAGAUUGAGGAUGUCCGGAGGGGCCCUCUAGUGCGUAGAGACUCCUAUUCCCGUCACGCUCCCUGGGGAGGUAAAAAGAAGCAUUCAUGCUCAACUAAAACACAGAGUUCACUUGAGGCCGACAGGCAAACAGGACGCUCUAGAGGAAGUACAGCCAGGAGGGAGCGUCGCUAUGGGGUUAGCUCUAUUCAAGAGAUAAAUGAUUCUGUAUUAGUUGGCAGCAGUGGGCGCCGCCUUAGUGCCCUCUCUCUGCGGCAGCGACUUAGGGACACCGUAGGCCUGUGCCUCCCUCUGCACAUGCACCAUCGUACUCAGUCAGCCAAAGGUCAGGUUUCCUCCAAACGUAAGAUCCACCUAACCGAACUGAUGCUAGAGACAUGCCCUUUCCCUCCUGGUUCUGAUCUGGCCAACAAGUGGCACCUUAUUAAGCAGCAUACGGCGCCAGUCAGCCCUCAUUCCUCAACUGCUCUUUUGGAUGCAUUUGAUUCAGUGCAUACAUCCCCUGAGGAUGAAGAGGAGAGACUUCGUGAACGGCGCAGGAUUAGUAUAGAGGAAGGAGUUGACCCUCCUCCAAAUGCACAAAUCCAUACACUGGAGGCAACUUCACAGAGCUCUUCCCUCUACAAAAUGGGACCAAAGAUGGCUCCUGGUGUCGGGGAUGGACUUGGGGAGGGCAGGAGCCUGGGAACAGUCUCCUCUAUUUCUGGGGGGUUGUCCGGGAUAGCCACACAGGUUGUGGCGAGUAUGACAGUGUUAACCCACCCUGUUGACUGUGAUUCUGAGGAGGACUCAACAACUCUCUGCUUGCAGACAAGGAGACCCAAGCAGAGGCAUGCCUCUGGGGAUGCUCACUGCUCCAGACAGCUGGGGCCUUGGAAGGUCCACACACAGAUCGACUAUAUCCAUUGUUUGGUGCCUGACUUACAGGCCAUAACUGCACUUCCCUGUUAUUGGGGAGUGAUGGACCGGUACAAGGCAGAAGCACUGCUGGAUGGACGGCCUGAAGGCACCUUCCUGCUGCGCGACUCAGCACAGGAGGACUACUUAUUCUCUGUAAGUUUUCGGCGCUAUAACCGCUCACUGCAUGCACGCAUCGAACAAUGGAAUCACAACUUUAGCUUUGAUGCACAUGACCCCUGUGUCUUCCACUCUUCCACGGUAACAGGUCUACUAGAGCACUAUAAAGACCCUAGUGCCUGUAUGUUUUUUGAGCCUUUGCUCACCGCUCCUUUACACCGGACCUUCCCUUUCAGUCUUCAGCACCUGGCGCGAGCCGCCAUUUGCCGACACACCAGCUACGAUGGCAUUGGUGCCCUUCCACUGCCUCCAACCAUGCAGAACUUCCUUAAGGAAUAUCACUACAAACAGAAAGUGCGUGUACGCUGGCUGGAGAGAGAGCCACCGCUCAAGGUCAAAUGAGGUCUGGCUCUGUGCCUGAGGGAGGCAGGAGUGUGGGCAAAAGCCAUGAUGCCAAAGGAGUGUGUGGCUGAUAUUAUCCAUCAUAUAGCUGACUUUAGACGUAUCCGGUGGAGGAUGUUAUAAACUAAAAACAUUUUUUAGUUAAUACAACAUAUGGAAUUUAUAAGUAUGAUUCAAAGCAGUACAUGCUGUUGGGCUAGCUUAUGUGCUGAAGUGUUCAGCAUGCUGGGAAUGAGAAGGUUUCUUUCUCAUUGUUCUUUUUCUCUGGAUCAUUUGUUUGCCCGCAUGCCCCCAGCAUUAUAUUUUGUAGAGUAUUACACUAUUUUGAGCAGUAUACAAGAGUUGUCACAUUGUUUUGUUGGCAAAUGGAUGACUUAUAUGCUUAGUCCAGUGUUAAAAUAUAUACACGUAAUUUUUGGAACUCCUCACACCUGAAUAUCUGCUAUGUUCUAAAACCUAGCAAAGAUAUUUGCUAAGUCACAGAUAAUUAAUCAGCAAUAUCUUUAAGAAACUUUACAGCCAUCUCCUGGGAAUGUCAAGAGGCAGCACUUGUUAAGCUCUGUGUACAUGUACAUGGUCACCGUUAGACACGCAACUUCCAGUACUAAGCAUGUUUUAUUUUAUAAAUGGGAGCAGACAAUGAAAGGCAUGAGUUAAUUGCAUAAGGAGGUGGGAGCUGCUGUACACAAAAUGCUACCAUUUUCUUUAUCAGUGGUCACCGAGAGAAGGCACACAGGCAUAGUGCACCAUGUGCCAUAUGAUAGAGAGGGUAUUAUUUAAAACCAGACUCUUAUGUAGUGUCAUAUCCCAGCAUUAACCUAGUUUUAAACAAUCUAUUUUACUAUUUUCUAUUUUUAUCAGUGAAAGUCUAAAAUAACAUAUGGCACUUUAAUUGUUGUUGAUGUACCGCACAAAGACCUAUAGACUCAAGUACAUGCAUAUAAAUGGAUUAUAUUGUUUGUCUGUGUGUCUUUUUAUGGACCUUAUUCACUGGAUGUAAGUUUUACCCCCAAAUUCUCCCAUUUUCUCAGCAUAAGUCACCCAAAGUUGAUGUAAUUGUCAAGUAUCUUUUACCUAGCCUGUGCAAAUGUUAUGUGCUCUAGGCUUUAAGCAAACAUGUUUAUAUAUGCAAUCACCAAAGGAGAGAGAAAUUCACCCAUACAAAACUUGUAUAGAUAUCUCUAAUUAAGAUUUUCACUUUAUAUAUAGUUGGAACACAGAUAGAUGCCAUCACUGUGUAUAUGUUUAUUGGAUUGGUGUCUAGCUCAAGUUUGGUUGGUUCCACUUGAUAAUGUUGCACUUUUAUUCAGUUUGAAGCAUGCUGCUAUGCUUCCCUCAUCAUAAUAGUGUGCACUAGUGUUUGAGAUUCCCUAAACACUGUAAAAAGUUUUAAAACUCUAUACUUUUAAAAAUGUUUUGCAGUUGAAUUACAAAACAUUUUGAUUAAGGCCAACAAAAUCAUGCUUGUAUGUUUAAUAUAAGUUAAAGCUGAAGUAUUGCAUGAGUUUGGGGCAGGAUGAUCUGUUUUUCUGACCAAUGGAGGAUGAUGAGUGUCCACAAAACCUGUUUGAAAACCAUUAUUUUUGCAUUUCUGUUUGGCACCACUAGUGGCACAGAAAUUGCACUUUUCCACUUUGAUAUCAGAUAUUUGGCAUUAUAAUGGUAGGCUCUUAAAGUCCAGUCAGAUGUCAGCCCAUGCAUAGUAGUUUCAUACUAGUUAUAAAAGAGUGACAAUUUGCAGUAUUUGGAUGUUUGAUAAUCAGGGACAAAGGUGUGUAUCUAAGUUGUUAUUGUGCAAGAGAGAUUUUCCACCAUGCCUUUUGAUUAUUUAUAUUGAGCACAAUGACUAAUUAUAGUGUCCAUUUUUGUGGCAGAGUAGCACUCAUUUUAAAGCCAUUUAUUUCAACUGCAAUUAAAUACUGUUUCAGAAUAAGCCUUGGUUUUUGCUGAAAGGAAGUCAUUUUGUUAAUUUUAGGCUUUUUUCCACAUGAAUGACCUUCCUGAAUACUCAAAACAACCAAAUUUCUUCCACCCUGUACACUGUAUGCUCUGUAUACAGGCUCAUAUUAUGUCAACUGUGCACUGGUACACAUCAGAAGAUGUCAGUGGCUUUCUAGACCUUAGGUAAACUAGACUUUUAAUUGUUUACAGACAGAACAUGUCACCAGAUCCCUUGGUCACACUUAAAGCUAGCAGUUUCAAAGCCUCUCCUGAGCCAUAUAUAUAUAUAUAUACCCACACACACACAUUAACACAUCACAGUUUUAAAAUUAAAUGUGUCUCAGUUUUUUAAUUACAUUUGACAAAUGUUAUGCAUAGUCUCAUUUUUGUCUGAGUAACAAAAUAGUAGUACUGUUUUCUUUUUAAGGACAUGGUAAUGCCAUGGAUUUUUCGAUAUGUACAGUAACCUGGUAAUUCCAUGAUAUUUCUUUGAAGAACUUUGGGAUUCCAUGUACUAUAGUACCUAGUACAUGUUUAUUAUUCAGUACCAUCGUAUAAUAAAGAACCAUAUCAAUUUGUUCUGUAGCCAUCACUGUAACAAUGUACCACCACAGUAUUUUUAUGUAAGGAAACACACAUAUAAUGACUCCAAGGACAUUUUUCCUCUUAGCAAAAUAUUAAAACAAGGCUAAAUGAGACUAGUGGCAAAUAAUAGUAAAAUUCUGAAGACAUUCAAGAGGCUCUGCUCAACUUCAGGAAUGUAUUCUGAUGAUGUACACAGUAUUUUCAAGGGUGUUGGUUUGAGGUCUGUUAAACGCUUAGUGGCAGCCUAUUCCUCAUAAAAUCCCUUCUUUACACAGUUUUUUUAAAACACUGUACUCUUACAGCCAUUUGAGACUCUUUAUGCCAAUACACAGUGAGCGAGUCUCUCCUGCCCUGCCGUACAGGCACUAAUCACAGGCUAAAAUUAAUGCUAACCUCUAAAUUUACCACCUGUUAAAAGGACUUUUUUUGCUCUAUUUUUCCUCUUCCUCCCCAAAAUGACCACAUCGUCAGGAUCAGCCCCUUUCUCAGAUAUGUAACGGUGAAUGCAGAAAGCUUUUUCUUUGCUAGUCCGGAUUAUAUACUUAAGCAUUAGCAUAAGGUUAACACAAAAAGUGCUCUAUUGAAUACUGUAAGGAAUGGUCUGUUAUUUGGUUAAUAAUUGAUAUCAGUGGUUCUCAACUGGUUGUGCUUCUGGACCUAGAUUUUACCCUGGACAUUAAUUGGCAAUCAAACACAUUACUAAAAUUGUUUAUCGUAGGAAAGUAACAAAAGUGUCCUUGAAAUCAAUAAUUGAACUGUAAUUUUAGCAUGUACUGUAUAGUCCCAACAAUGUGCAACACUAUUAACUUGACAUUAACCAAAUGGACAAUAUUGUAAAUGCAUGAACAACAGCAGAGGUUUGAUUUACCAGAAUAACGCAUUGAACAUGAGACAAAUAUUAGCCAUGUUUUUUUUAUUGGACACACAUAUUGCUAAAAAUAAAAACAAAAAACAAUAGUUCUAAUGGUUUCCACUUUAAAUACUAUGACGAGUAUAGUUUGUUUGGGGCCAUAUUCCAUUAGGAUAUAAUGGUUUGUGUUGGUUGCAAUUACAGAUAUGUAUUUGUCCCUAAUGGUAUCCACUAAACUUAACAUGCGACCAAUAUUACCCAUAGAGACACACCAAAACAGCACAGUUCCCAUUAAAACCAUUACAAUGUCUAUUAGACAUAGAUAAGCCUAUUUAUUUUGCUAUGCUUAAUAUACAUGUUAUAUGGGUAGCUAGUUGCAUUAUUUAUUAUUUGGAUUUAGAAUUGUUUCUCUCCACACCCUAUCAAAACAGACUUGGAAUCAAUUUGUGGGUCUUGACCCACCAGUGGAGAACCACUGGCUUUGAAAAUGACCAAUAUGUGAAGAAUGUGUGACACCAAUUUAAUCCAACACAGUGAUCUCCAGUAACUCAGGCAUGGUUUAUUGCAUUUCAUUUAGGGGGGAAUUAAGAGCAGCAGCAGCAGUCAGCUGCAGAAGGCAACAAAGAUUACAGUGAGGAGUCUUCUUUUGAGACUUCUAUGAGCGGUGUUGAGUGAUAAUGGCUUGGUGUGCUAUUUCCAUGUUUUCAAUGGUUAACAAGUUGAUAAAUGAAACAGCUUCUCUAAAUGGAGUCUGGUGCUCCCCUUUCCCCAUGGGAAUUUUUUUUAUGUCAGCCAUUGUAGCACAUACUGACUAAAUGACCAUGUCAAUUAGACCUUGCUUGUAACAUAGCUGGUGAAAUAUUGCUUGAUACAUGCACACAUACUCAAAUGUAACCAUAAUUGUUAAAUGUUGGUUUUCUUGCCAUAUGAUUAUAAACCGUCUAGAAUUUGAUUUCCUGGUUUAAAGCAAUGUGUUAGUUAGAGUGAAUUAUAUAAUGCACUAUAUACUACAGACUGGCAAGGGCAGCAGUUGAUCUUGAACUUUCAUAUCCUUCUGUUUAGAGCAUAACACUUUAGAUUUUCCUUAAGGGCCAGUGUUUAAGCUUUGGGGCCCCAUUUAUAAAAAUAUGAACGCACAAUAAUUAUAUAGAAAUUAUUUCGUAUAACUGUUCGUAUGAACAUUUCAUAAAACGCCAAUAUUCUGCCCAUAUUCUCAAUUCAACUUCGACUAAGUUCAAAAUAUCAAAAUAUGGAAACA